AUGGACGCGCUCGGCCCGCACGGGCUCGCCAAGUUGCCCGAGGAGCUCGUCGACCUCGUCUGCUCGUUCAUCGUCUUGUUCAGCGACGUCCAGGACGUGAUCACGACCCUCGGCUCGCUCGCGCUCGUGUCGCGCCAGUUCCUCGAGCCCGCCCGGCGCGGCCUCCUGUACGACCCGACCCGCAUCCUCGCGACGAGGUCCGUCGAGGACGCCCACACGCUCCUGAACCGCGUCAUCCAGCAGCCGACGCUCGGCGUCCAGGUCAAGCGCCUCGAAGGGUUCGUCGACCUGUUCGACAACGUCGAGGCCCUGUCGCUCUUCCACGACCACCCGCCCGCCUUCAUGAACUGGGCCGUGACGCUCAUGCGCCUGUGCCCCAACACGACCGCCGUCUCGGUCUGGCCCGAUCCGUCGGCGGGCUGGCUCGCCGCGCUCGCCUCCCUCCCCCGCCUCCGCCACCUCACGAUCGCCUCGCGCGACGCCGAAAUGUACGACGAGGACGACCUUUAUCGAUUCACGUCGUUCGUCGAGGCGCUGCCCUUCGCAAGGCUCGAGUCGCUCGCCCUGCGAGGCUUUUACGGGCCGUUGUCGUUCUACCCCGACGUCGUGCACCUGCCUGUCGGACAACUCGAGCUCGAGAGUUACAGCGACGACUGGGCCACCCUCCAGCUGUGCCUCAACAGCGUUCGGCACCUCACGUUGAGGCCCGGCGCGUUCCACCUGGACAUGCGCACGAUCCUCCCUCCCGCACUCGAGUCGUUCAUCCUGCGGCCGCAACUCAGUCAAGUACAGCGCAACACGCUCGACCGGUGGGACGCCUGCCCCUGGGACUACCUGUUCGACGUUCCUCGCCGCUUCAACAGCCUGCGCAUCGUCGUCCUCGACAGCGUCGUCAUGCACGACGUGUCCUUCGCCGCGCUCUGCCAGUCGGCGCCCAACCUCGAGCGCCUCGAGCUUCCAAACGUCGUAUGGCAUGACUGCUGGAGCUCGUCGGCCAGCGACAGCCCCGUCGUCGACGCCAUUGCCGGCCUGCCUCAGCUCAAGUUCCUCCACGUCGGCGAGGUCGCUCACCCGCCGUGCAGCAUCCUCGACACGCGCGUCUACUGCCGACUGUUCGACAUCGAGCUCGAGUGGCGCGGCGUCGAGCUCGAGUCGACCGAGGCGCCGAGAGCGGCGUCGCACCCGAGCGAGGUCAGCGACGGCGGGCUCGAGGGCUCGGCGGACCAGGACGAGGCGAUGUCGACCGGUGGCUUCGGCUGGCCGGAAGGGAUCGGCGGCUGGGGCGCCGACGCGUCGAGCGACUACGAGGCGUGGAGCCUCGUGCGCUCCGCCGAACUCAACUUCGACCUCAGCUUCUCCUCCUCGACGGCCACCUCUCCUUCCUCCCCCCUCUUGCGCCUUCCCACCGCCUCGUCGAACAGCAGCACUUCUCUCCUCGCUCCAACCUCGCAUGCCGUCCCUUCUCCUCGCCUCUCGCCCUCGCCGACGCCGACGCUCGAUGACGACUCGCUCUCGGGCCUCGUCUUCGCGCGCACGGCGGCCGCCGCGCAGCGCUACGUCGCCGAGCCGGCGUCGCACCCGCACCUCGAGGACGGCUACCAGGCGACCGACGACGGCGUCGACGAGGGGCUCGACGACGAGCAGGUGUGGGAGGCGGACGAGUGCGACGUGAGCGAGGCGGACAGGGAGUGGCGGGAGUUUGACGACGAGGGCGAGGACGAGUGCGUCGGGCGGCUCUGGCUCGUCGAGGCCGAGUGGCAGGGUGAGGAGGGGGACCUGGGCUCGGAGGAGCCGUGA